AUGGCAGAUCGCAUCGUGUCUGCUGUUAAGAGCUUCUUUCCUGAUCCUGAUCCAGCCCACACACUUCCUGCUGCAGAGCCUGAGAUCGACCAUGGGACACUGUUUACAGCCAAGGACCCUCCAGCUAACAAAAAACUAAAUGCAUUGAUGCCACAUGUGAGAUUCAGAACGUCUUCUGGGGACAAAAUAUACUUUAAAGACAAUGGAGACGCACAAGCCCGUUAUGAUAUAGUGAAAUGGUACUUCUUAAACUCAAGAAACAAAAAGAGCAUAAAGGUUGGAAGCUUUGAUGGAUCCAAAUCUGAUGGGAAACUAUUUGUCAAUGACAGCGCCAAUCUCUGGGGCCCGUACUUUUCUGAGGAGCCCUGUAAGCCUGGAUUCAGGAAAGCUAAAGUAGAAGGGGCGCCAAGUUGCUGUUAUACCUGUGUACUGUGUGCCGAUGGGGAGAUGUCUAACAUAACAGAUGCACAGAGUUGUAUGAAAUGCUCUAAAUAUGAAAAGUCAAAUACUGGAAGAACCAGCUGCAUCCUGAGGGAUAUAAAUUACCUUUCCUAUGAAGACCAUUUGGGUUUUACACUAUCCUCCAUCUCUGUAAUAUUAUCCGUCACUUGUGCUGUAAUCCUGGGAAUCUUUAUAAAGUACCGCGAGACUCCUAUAGUGAGAGCCAACAACCGAUAUCUCAGCUGUCUCCUCCUCAUCUCUCUCAUGUUGUGUUUCCUCUGCACUUUAUUAUUCAUUGGGCGCCCAACUCAGAUAUGUUGUCUUUUUCAACAAGUGACCUUUGGGAUUGUUUUUACCAUUUCUGUUUCAUCUUUGUUGGCUAAAACUCUCACAGUUAUUAUUGCCUUCAAUGCCACAAAGCCUGGGAGCAAGCUGAAGAAGUAUGUAGGAACCCAACUGGCCAUCAUAUUAGUCAUUGUAUGUUCUUUAGUUGACAUUGUAAUUUCUGCUGUGUGGUUGGCCUCCAAUCCCCCAUUUCCAGAGGCUAAUACUCUCUCUGACCCAGACUAUAUUAUUCUCCUGUGCAAUGAAGGAUCAGUCACUUUUUUCUUCUGUAUAAUUGGAUAUAUAGGAACGUUGGCCCUACUAAGUUUCAUUGCUGCAUUUCUAGCCAAGGAUUUCCCUGACCGAUUUAAUGAGGCUAAAAACAUCACUUUCAGUAUGUUGGGGUUCUGUAGCGUGUGGGGGGCAUUUGUCCCUGCAUACCUGAGCAGUAAGGGCAGUAGAAUGGUGGCAGUUGAGAUAUUUGCCAUCUUAUCCUCCAGUGCUGGGUUAUUGGCCUGUAUAUUCAUUCCCAAGUGCUAUAUUAUAUUUCUAAGGCCUGAACUGAACACAAAAGACCCCAUUGUUAGAAAACAUUAGAAUUAUUUAAGACUAAGAAUUGUUUAGGAUCAUGUGGGGGAUGAAGAAGAGAAAUAUCUGUACAAAAUGUUAUUUUCAGCAUUGCUUCUAUCCUGUAUCCUGUUCAUGACUCUGGGUCCUGAAUUUUACAU